GGACUAUGCCUCGCUGCAUGGCGAACAGCUUGGGACUCGCCGCCCCGGCAAAGCGAUGAACGCCAAGCAGGCGGGAGAGGAGCCGGCUGCUUCUGCUGCCGCCGCCGCCCCUUCCCCGUUGGCCAAGCUGCUCUCCGCCCUCUUCUACGGGACCUGCUCUUUCUUGAUCGUCCUGGUAAACAAGACAGUGCUGACUGCGUACAGAUUCCCAUCUCCAAUGUUUCUUGGAAUAGGACAGAUGGUAACCACUAUUCUGAUCUUAUAUGUAUCUAAAUUAAAUAAAAUCAUCCACUUCCCUGAUUUUAACAAAAGUAUCCCCAGGAAGCUGUUUCCACUUCCUCUGAUUUAUGCUGGAAAUCACAUAAGUGGAUUAUCAAGCACAAGCAAGCUAAGUCUGCCAAUGUUUACAGUCCUUAGGAAGUUUACCAUUCCACUUACAUUGCUGCUGGAAGUUAUUAUACUUGGGAAGCGCUAUCCAUUGAGCAUCCUCAUCAGUGUGUUUGCAAUAAUCUUGGGAGCUUUCAUUGCAGCGGGAUCAGAUCUAGCUUUCAGCCUGGAAGGCUACAUGUCUGUUUUGCUCAAUGAUAUCUUCACGGCAGCAAACGGCGUUUACACAAAACAAAAAAUUGACCCGAAGGAGCUGGGAAAAUAUGGAGUCAUGUUUUAUAAUGCCUGUUUUAUGGUAAUUCCUACAGUUCUCAUAAGCGUCUUCACUGGAGACUUUCAACAGGCCACCGAUUUCAAGCAGUGGACAAAUAUUUUAUUUAUCUUUCAAUUUCUUCUCUCCUGUUUACUGGGGUUUCUUCUGUUGUACUCUACAGUCCUCUGCAGCUAUUAUAAUUCUGCCCUCACGACCACAGUGGUUGGUGCUAUAAAGGUGGAGGGGCAUGCCAAAAAGCAGAAUGAUACUAAAAGACCAAGUAGACACACUGCUGUUUGUUUACAGAAUGUGUCCAUUGCUUAUAUUGGAAUGCUGGUUGGUGGAGACUAUGUCUUUUCCACGUUGAACUUCAUUGGGCUCAAUAUCUGCAUGGCAGGAGGGCUGAGGUACUCAUUUCUGACAAUCCGAGGACUGGACAAUCCUAAGCGACCCACAGAUGAAGAAAAAGCGGUGCCGGACACUAGGAGCUAGCAGAGGCGUGAGAAGCUGUGCGGGUGCCAGCUCUUCUAGAAGUCAGACGGACUUUUGCUGAAAAGCAUACGGAAUUAAACUUCUACCUCAUCUCACAUGGUGGCCCCUGUGGGGCCACGGGCCACAUCGUGUUUUCAGGCAGAAGGUGACCUCUGCAAAGCCGUGGACUGCAGAGGGGUUUGAUUCUUUACAUCCCUAGAUUGACUGCAGUAGACUGGACUCUCCCCAGAAUGGAUGGCAGGGACUGGAGAUUUCUUAUUCAUCCAUUGAAAAUCUCUGCAAUGGGCCAAAUCCAAUGACCCGUAUUCCAUUCCGUACAGUCUAGGCUUCCAUUCCAACGUGGUGGGGGUUGGUUCACGGGCACCCGGUCUUGCCCACAGUUGUAGGCCUCAGAGUAAAAUGCUGGCUUAAAUUUUUGAAAAUGAUUCACUGGCUCUGGAGGGGAGCGUACAGGCUGCAAAGUACUGAGGCAUUGAGCGUCUUUUGCACAUGGAGGUCCUGCUAAGGAGCUGGGGUGGUAGAAGCUGGUGGAUCCAGUCUCAGUGGGGCAGUAAAUCCAUUCCAGAGUUUCAGUCAGAACUCUAAAGGAGCUAGGUCCUUUAGAGUUCUGACUGGAACCUUGGAAUGGAUUCACAGCCCCACUGACGUUGGAGCCAUCAGCUUCCCUUGCUAAGGGGAACACUUCUCCACGGCCGCGUGUAGCUCUCGGUUCAAAACUUUUUAACGGUCUGAAUGGUGUGGGUUGAUCUCUGUAGGCCAGCUGAAAGAUGGAUAAUCUGUCUCGGGGCAGGGGAUAGAACUAAAUGUCCCUUUGACUGCAUGUCAGCUCUGUGAUGCUACAACCAAUGUGUCCUUCGCACAGCAGACGCUGUUCCUUUCGGGUCGACCCCAGCGCUCUCAAGAAACUAGCCAUUCUGUUGCACAGCCUGCUGGGAUCUCAUGAAUGCCUCCUGUGGUGCACAGGGCUCCCAUGUUAUCUGCAGCCCUCCUGGGGCGCUGGAUUUUCUGGGGGUUAAAUGUACCGAACAAGUACAUCUGAUACCAAAUAUGCUCAGUGCCUAUGUGCCUUAAGUAAGAACAUCAGGGCUUCCACUCAGUGGUUUGGAUCCUCACUUCUGCAUACAGGGAUCUGUUUAUGGAAUAGGCCUUUCCCAGUGUCCCCUUCUAGCUGAGCCUCUUGCAGAUUCCAAAAAGCCACUCCUGAGGAUUGGGGAGCACUCUAGAAUGGCACGAGGCAUUUGGGGAGGGGGGAAGCAGUGGAAAAAGCAUCAGUAAAAAUUGAGGAUUCUCCUCCCCCCCCGCCCCUUGCUUUCUGCUUGUGCAACAGCCUCUUUUGGGUUCAAGCCAGUGUGUUUGAAAAAGGGCUUUCCUUCCCACGGUGCUAAUCCUGUUCACUUCGUUCUCCCAGUGAAGCCGUGGGCUUCAGCCAGAUCAAAACAUGCUUCUGUCACCUUUUGCUACCCCAGGUGAACCAUGCAGGUUUCUGCUGGUUGUUAGGAGUGCAGCAACAAGAUAUGUUCUGUUUACAAUGUUUGUGUUUGUAUUUUAAAAAGUUGGUUGUGUGUUUUCCAUGAUUUGUAAUAAUAUAAAAACAAGAACAAUAAAAGGCUAUAAGAUCAAUACAUAUG